AACUCGAAUAGGAAUUGCCUACAAUUCGAGAGACGGCAAACUUCAAUCAAAAGAAGCCUGAAUCAACACUAGAAAUCAAUCCGUCCAGAGAUAAACACAUCAUUUACUCGACAGUACAAGAAGAUACAUACACUACACCCUGUACCGGUCAAUAUCGGGAAAAUUCGGAAGUUACCGUCGCAGAUAUAGCAGCAUGGGCAUGGGUAGACUCUGUAAUUGGGCGCUUUGGGCCAGUGUCGUUGUGUGUUUACCAUUCUGUUAUGCGGUCCAACUACCUCGAAGAGAUUAUGAUGAUGAAUCUUACCGGUCGGAACUGGAAAAUGAUUUACUUGAGAAAAUAAUUGACGGCGAAGAAGCAAAAAGAGCGUUCAACGAACAUCCAAACCAAAUGAAACAUCGCAGUAUACGGUCAAUAACGAAUAAUACGAACAAUGCCACCGGCAGCACAGCCUCUCCGACCCUGCGACAAAUAGCCACAGUCAAAUCCUAUAUAGAUAGAAGAACGCAUCCUGCACUGGAAAUCAACUGUGGUGACAAAGUAUAUUCGUGCAAAAAUAAAUGCAAACAAGAGACUACGUACGAUAUAUUUUCAAGCUUGAAUUCACCGAGUUCACAAAGAGAUUGUUACUGUGAUAGGGGAUGUAAUAAUAUAUUCUAUGACUGCUGCAGUGAUUAUAGACAGGCAUGUUCUAUGUAUUCCACGUUAAGAGAGAAUGAUGAUUUUUACAAACUGAAGAACAGUUGGCGUUGCACGACCAUAAAUGUAAACGCGGGGAAAUGCGCCCGGCGGCGAGGAGCUUGGAUGGUAGCACGAUGUCCAAAUUUGUGGUCAAAUGACGCUGUCAAAACAAAGUGUCAUAAUCCUGCAUCGACAUUAGCCCCUCAUUCUGUUCUAUUGUAUGUACCCGUCGUUGGUGUGGCCGACCUGUUUACAUAUAGAAACCAAUACUGUGCACUAUGUAACAACGUCUCAAAUUUCGAAUUUUGGACUUUAAUAUUUGUAGCAAAUGCAAUACCACCUUCGCAGUAUACACGAAGCGAUCUUACAGAGUUUAUUGCGAAGAAUCAGCAAUAUUUUAACGGUAUUCGUCCAAAAGAGGGACAGCGUAUCAGGUGGUGUUCAUACCCUAAUGUGACCAGCACUUGUUCAACCACCUCAAAUGAGGAAAGCCUAAAGGAUUGCCUGCAAGGAACAACGGGUUUGGUUGAAGAAAUGGAUUCUGGGAUAGUUUUUAAAAGCAAAGCUUGUGCUUCGUGUAAUGGUUAUAGCGUGACAUGUGGAGUAGCUGAAAGAAAUAUCAAUCCUUGUUCCAUCGAUAGUUCUGCAAUAAGCCGUGCUAUAAGUUUACGAGAUUACGGCGUAUCGGAGGUAACCAGGUCAUGCAGGAAAAAUGCUGUUUACGAUAAAGCCAUAGGGAAAUGUCGUCAAACCUACGUCAUAAAGAAAUUGAAUUUUGGCUACGCAGAUGAAUAUCAAAUAACAAUGUCAGCUUUACCAAAAACAGCUGGUAUGUUUUUUAUCAUUUUACCAUAUGAAUUAAAGAAUUCUCUUUCCGAUUACUUUAAGGUGAACAAAUCAAAGUUAAACGAUCCAAAAAUUACCAGAAUUUACUCAGAAACAGAUCCGAAGAUUCUUAUUGAAUUCAGAAUACGGUUAACACAAAAACAAAGCCUGAUUCUAGCAUCGGAUGCGAAACUAAAUGGGAGUUCAAAUGAAACGAUUAUUCUGAAUCGUUUGUUCAGAUUUAAAAGAACUUUUAAGCUACCUAUCGGUUUGCAAACCUUCACAAUUUAUCGGCAGGAAAUUCGGCAACUCAAUUGUACCCGUCCACAGGUGUACCAGUAUGAAGAUUAUGAUUUUCUGGAUGAUUUGAGCAUUCGUGUUUUGUCAACUGGCGCUGUUUACGAGCAGUUUGAAUACUACAUGGACCAUGACGUGAAAAAUGCCUCAGUGACGGUUUGCUCAAAGUUCGUAACACGGCAAUGUAAUGGUUCGUAUAUCAAACUGAACUCGUCAGAGUUUCAUUUCACCAGCAAUUUGUCUCUGGUGUACAACUCGGUUGUGUAUAGGUUUGCUGAUUACAUUUACGAUGACGGUACCGUUUUCAUUUGUGUGGACUUUGAAAAAGAGUAUACAACGUUGACUGACACCAAUCUGCCUAAAGAUGACUUAGCACUGGUGAUUUUGACUUGGAUCGGUUUCGUCUUGUCCAUAAUUGGCUUGCUGGCUCUUUUCUUCACUUAUCUUAUUUUUAAGGAACUAAGAACUUUGCCUGGAAAGAAUCUUAUGAAUUUGUGCAUCUCCUUAUGUUUGGCCGAAAUCUUCUGGCUUUUUGGUUCAACCCUCGACAGCUAUCCCACAACAUGCACUGCUGUUGCCAUAGCCAAUCAUUACUUCUUUUUGGCAUUUUUCACAGCGAGUUCAGUAAUCGCUUUUCAUUCAUGGUUGGUAUUUGGGCGCAAGAUUAAUUUACGUCGCAGUGCAUUCGACGGGAGCAAGAUCUUUAUUAUGUACUUUCUGGUUGUUUGGGGACUUCCGGGUCUGUUUCUAGUUCUUUUCGGUUUACUAGAUCACUUCGAGAUAUUCGUUAUAAAUUACGGUGAAUCACUUGUUUGUUGGCUUGGCACAAAAGAAUCAAAGAUUUUUCUUUUUAUUUUCCCUUUCGGUGUCUUGUUACUAUUUAACCUUGUUCUCUUCAUGGUGGUGGUAUUUCGUCUUCGCCAGAAUAGAAAGUCCAGCGACAAAGCCCUCGGAGACGGAGCAAAAAAACGUGAAAUGCAAAACAUAAAGGUUUGCCUUAAACUGUCAACCUUGAUGGGAUUUUCCUGGCUGUUCGGAUUGCUCCAGGUUGCCGUAGAAACGAAAACUGACGCAUUUGCGUAUAUGUUUAUUAUUUUUGUCAGUUUUCAGGGAUUGUUUAUCUGUGCAGCGUUCUUACUUCAAAAGAAGUGCUAUGAACUGUACAACACCUUAAUAUCAAAGAACUUCAGUUCAUCUAAAGCCACUAGUACUGGUGUAGAGUCGCCCACCAAUGUCCAAAAAAGCGGUGUACAAGAAACAAAACUCUAACGGUAAAUGUACAUGCUUAAAAGCGCCAUAUUUUGCAUGCAAAUAUUAUUUCAUGAGCAAAACUAUAAGUUUUCAAAGCAAAACUUUUCUCGAUGAAUAAAUUGGUCUUAUGUCUUGGAAUCUUGAUCUUUCAAUGUUUUAGCUUACGGAGAACCUACGGAGAGUUUUCGCUGAACUUAAGAGAGUUUAAGUUCCGCGAAAGUUUAGCAGUAUAUUUUUGUAUCAAAUUAACUUGAAUCUCCUAUAUAACUUAUUACUUUGUCAUGCACAUAAAAAAUGCAAACGAGGAUUGUUAAGGGUAGCUAUAGGAAUCGUAUAUA